AUGAGCGGCGAGAUUGAUGCCGUCUACAUAUUUGACGAGCACAACGCCCCUCUCGUCGAGCAUGUUUACCGAUCCCGCCCGCCAUCAGCCGCGGCCAUCCUGCCCCUCUAUCUUGCUCAUGCUGCCCCACGACCAUCCUUGAUAUAUCUCCCAGGGACUACACCUCCUGUGACUGUGUUCUCGACUGUUCAGUCUAAUCUCCUAUUCUUGGCUGUAUCCGAGGUAGACACAGAGCCGCUGUUGGUUCUGGAGUUCCUGCAUCGCGUGGUCGAUGUCCUCGAGGAGUUUGUUGGCGCUCCAUUACUAUCUACCAAGAUACAAGCAAAUUAUGAGGUUGUGGCACAGUUGCUUCAUGAGAUAUGUGAUGGAGGGAUCGUGUGCAACACCGAACCCAAUGUUUUACAGGAAGUUGUGGAGGUGCCGGGGUGGAUGGGGAAGCUUCUCGGAGGUAUCAGCGUGCCUGGCACCUCGACCCCUACGCUUGGCACAACAAAUCCUCUGAAGCAAUCGCUGGCCGCGGCCAGCGCAUCCCAAGGCCCCGCAAUUCCCUGGCGGCGCUCCGGGAUUCGACACACUUCGAAUGAGCUAUAUGUCGAUAUCAUUGAAUCCUUAUCUGUGACCAUGGCUCCUUCUGGCAGGUUACUUUCUGCGCUGGUAUCGGGGACUAUCGCCUUCACUGCGAAGAUAUCUGGAGUGCCAGAUCUGCUCCUUUCAUUAUCAGCGCCGGGCGGCCAACAAUCCCUCGCGAGCAAGAUUGAACUUCCUGUUUUCCACCCAUGUGUUCGCCUUGCUCGUUGGCGCGAUCGUCCCGGCGAACUCAGUUUUGUUCCUCCCGAUGGACGAUUCAUUCUAGCAGGCUACGAAGUCGAUCUACUCCCAAUAGACCCGGGUCUCGAUCAACCGCCUAGUCAUAUGGAGAAGCUAUUUCUUCCCGCCAUUGUGGAUAUUCGAAAGUCACUAGGACCUUCUGGUGCAGACUUUGAGGUUCGGCUGACUUUGAACACAAAUUUCCCGGGGCAGAGCUCAUCUUCGCGGCCAGCCGCGUCGCGGGGUGGAUCAGGGACCUCAACACCCUCCUUCCUUGGUGGUGGUAGUGGAAACUCCUCUGGGCCGGUACUAGAGGAAGUAGUUGUGACAGUUCCUAUUUCAAAAUCUGUGCGGCACAUCACGGACAUGCAGGCCAGUCGCGGUGAUGCGCAGUUCACCCAUGCCACUGGUCUUCUCGAAUGGCGAGUGCCGACUGGCAAGGAUGCUGGGACGAUAUCUGGUACUGCAACCCUUCGCUGUACUGUGUCCGGGCACCCAUCCCCGGACGAGGAUUUGGACGAUAGUCUAGAAGAUGAAGAUGCGGAUACCAACCUUCUCCAGGGCUACUAUGAGGCCCCCGCUUCGUAUGACCAAUCUACGAGCGCUACCCGAAAGAGCCGAGACCCUUCUAAACGAAAAAAGAAAAAGAAGAAGUCAAGCAAAAAGUCUAGGGCGGCCGAAGAGACCGGCGAGACCCCUGUUCAGGCCAUAUCGGAAGAACAAGGCAAACCCAAAACUCCCUCUCCCAACCACUCCAAACCUCACACACCGCAACCUCAAUCCCUCUCCCACUCUUCCUCCCAGCUUCCAGCUUUCUUCAUGCCUUCUUCUACAUCCCGCCCUACACCCCGCAGAACCAAAGCCCAAAUCAACGCCAGCCUGAUGCCAAACUCGGCCUCGGUCUCCUUCUCCGUCGAGAGCUUGAACAUUGACCAGCGCCGCAGCCGCGGUCUGGGGGAAAGCGUCAAACCAUACAAGGGGGUGAAGUACCUCUGCGUAAGCAAACGCGGUGUGGAACGACGCUGUUAA